AUGAGUAGAGUUAACUUUGUGAAAGGCGACAUAAAUAUGCUUAAACUUUAUGAGGAUAGGUAAAAAAGAGAUUUAGAAAACAAAAAAAAGGUUUAACAAUAAUAAAACCAACUCAAUCCUAUAAGAACAAAUUAAAAUCAAUUACAAGAAAAAUCUACAUCUUCUAGCUUGAAAGAAAUAUUUUAUAAAAGAAAUCAGUCUCUUAAUAAUGAAAGUAGUAAUAAGUCUAAUAUUUAGGAUGUAUAAAAAAAGAAACAAAAUUUUAAUAUUUAGUCAUUUUAACCAACAAAUUCGAUUAUCUAAGCUAAACCUGAAAAUUUAGAUAAAAGUUGUUAAGAUUAACUAUCUUAACAAAUAGAUCUAGGAGCUAAAUCACUUCUAAAUGAAAGUUCUAAAAGCAAUAUCCUUUCAGACAAAAAAGUAGAAUUAUAAAAUGAAGUUGUGGAUAAUAAAAUAUUUAGUUCUAAUUAAAUAAUUUAAAAACAACAAAGUAAUAAUAAGAAUGAUGAAAUCAAAUAAAAGAAUAUAGUCGAAGAGAAUCAAAGUAUCUCAAUUUUGAAGAAGGAUUUUACAGAGGGAAUAAAGGUGAUAGAUUAAUCAGAAAAAUUGAAUAAAUCUGAGAAGCAAAAAAAUAAUAUUAUUUAAUAAGAAGAAAAAAUAGUUAUUUUCUAAGAAGAAGAUUAUAGUGAAAAUGAAAAUGAUAACAAAGAAAUAUCUUAAAAAGUAGAUAAAAAAUAAAAUUAAACGAAUGGUAAUCAACUAAAUUAAAAGAAUACUUAAAAAAAGCCAAUUCAGUUUAAGAAAACUAAGUAGGACAAUUUUGUCGCUCUUGAUAUGAAAAGAAAGUGGAAAGAUAGGUUCACUGGAGAAAUUAAUGCUAUAAAAAAAAAAUAUACUAAAAAUGGAAGAAUUAAAUAAAAAUAUAAAAAUAAAUUUAACCCAGAGGAAGAUAAACCUACAGCAUUUGACAAUAUAAAAUUUUAAAAUGAAAGCACUGAUAACGCAAAUAGUGAACUUUAUCAAAGGUCUUAAAAAUAAAAUAUGUAUGUAAAUUGUUUAUCUUAAGGACUUCUAAUUACAUUGAGUGAAAUAGAAAACUAAGAUUAAGAUACUUAAUUUAAUACCUUAAAUUUAUAAGAUCACUCAGAUGAAAAUCUCGUUAAAGUUCUCCAAGUAGUAUAUGGAUUCAAUAAUUUUCGUUCAGGUCAAAUCGAGUCAAUUAAAAGUAUAAUUAAUAAAUAAAGUACUUUAAUUGUGUAAAGCACAGGUCAUGGAAAAUCUCUUAUUUACUAGUUCCCUACUUUAUUUAUGAAAGGAAUGGCUAUUGUUAUAUGCCCACUAAUUUCACUAAUGAUGGAUUAAAUACAAAAGCUUCCUAAGUAUAUAAAAGGUGUGGCUUAUAAUUCGUCUUUGACAUAAGAAUAAAAACAGAAAGUUAUUUAACUUAUUAAAGAAAAUUAAGUGAUGCUGCUAUAUAUAUCACCUGAAGUACUUCAAAGUGAUUUUUCAUAUUUUUUUAAGUGUUUGCCUGAAAUAAGUUACGUUUGUAUUGACGAGGCUCAUUGCAUUAGUGAGUGGUCCCAUAACUUUCGUACUUCAUAUCUCAUAAUUAAUGAAUUAAUAUAAAAAAAAUUGAAGUGUGAUUAGAUAAUAGCACUAACUGCUACAGCAACGCUGCAAACUUAAUAAUCAAUGAUGGAUAAACUUAAAAUUACAAAUGUUUUUAGAUCAAGUAGUGUUAAAAGAGAUAAUUUAAGAAUAUCGAUUUCAAGAGAUAGUGAUAAAAAUACUGCUUUGUUAAAUUUAAUUAAAUGUUUACCUAUUAAAGAUACAGAUUCAAUAGUAAUUUACUGUAAAUACAAAUUUUAAUGUGAGACUUUAGCAUAAUUUUUGACAUAUAAUGGGAUACCAUCUGGAGCAUACCAUUCUGGAUGCGAAGAUAAAAGAAAAGCAUAAAUUCAAUAAGAUUUUAUGGAGGGAAAUUUAAGGAUUGUUGUUGCAACUAUUGCUUUUGGUAUGGGUAUAGAUAAAUCAGAUAUCAGGGCUGUUAUCCAUUUGAACAUGCCUAAGACUGUAGAAAAUUAUGUAUAAGAAGCUGGAAGAGCAGGUAGAGAUGGGAAUAUCUCAUAUUGCCAUAUGUUUUUAGAUGACGAAGAUUUCUAUAGAAAUUGUGGUCACGUAUACAGUGAUUCCGUUGAUUACUCAACUUUAAAACUAUUUUAUGAGAAAAUAAAAAAGUCAAUUUAUAAUAUAGAAGAUAAAUCAAGAACAGUUAGAAAAUAAAAAAAUAAAAUGGGUAAAGAAGAAAUUAUAUUCGACAAGUAAUUAAUGGAAUCUGCUUAAUCAAAAUAUUGUUUUAUUGAACUUAAAGAGAGCAUGUUAGAAUUAGAUAGCAAAAAAGAAACUCUUUAAACAUUAAUCAUGAAAAUUGGCUAAUUUUAAAAUUAAGAUAAUCCAAUUUUCAAAAUUUAUCCUAUAGGAUAUAAAAAUUGUUCUAUUUGGUUUUAUCAAGGAGUUCCUGAUGAAAUGGCUAAAAAAGAUGAUUUAAUUAAGAGAAUUCUAGAGAUAAGCAUGAUAACUCAUGGAUGCUACACUUUUAAUAUUUGUGACAUGUGUAAUUAGAUUGGCAUGGAUCCUAUUGAACUUUAAAAAAAAUUGAGAGAAUUUUUCCCUAAAAUAAAGAACGAAUUAAAAGAAGAAAGUUUAAUAUUCUAAUUCCUAAGACCAUUUGAAGAGACAGAAAUGCUUGAUAUUUUAAAUAGAGUAAAUGGGGAAAUGACUAAGUAUGAGGAAGUUAGUUUAAAUAAAAUACAUUUCAUAUAUUGCAUAUCGAAAAUGACAUCUUAUCCAUCAGUCAAAUAUAUGAUCUAAAAUAAAAUAUUUGAUAGUUAAAGUAAGUUAUCUAGUAUUAGCAAAUAUUUUGACUAAUAUUUUAACUACGAUGGAACUUCAUAUAUUAAAAUUCUUUAAGAUGCUGAUAUAAAUUUAAGCCAAGUAUUACCCUAUGAACAAAUAACUAAGGAAUCUAAAAUAGAAAUUAUUAAAGAUGUAAUUUAAUUCUUGAAGAGAGAAGUGUAAGAAAAAGAAGAAGAAUAGCAAGAAUAGCUAUUGGAGAAUUUUAAAAACCCAAAGAUUAUCACAAGAUUAAUGUAGGGAAUAUCUUCUUAUACAUAUGGUUAGGACGAAUGGAAGAACAAUCAAAAUAUUUGGGAUAGAUAUUACUAGUAUAGAUUUAGUGAACUUUAUGAAGUUGUUCAAGAAGGAAUAUUUGAGUUUAUUUAUGAUUAUGACCCUGCUCCUAAAAGAAAAAUGAAAACUAAUUUAUUAUAAGAAAUAUGA